UUGCUUGCAUUCGUCUGCUUCAUUGACUCAUCCUCUGCCUCAAAACAAUUCAUCAUUAAUUUGUCUUCUUUCUCAUAUUCACAUCCCCUUCUCUCUGCAUGCUUUAUAUUCAUCCAUUCCUAUCUUUCUUCCUCACAGUUACAUGGAGAAGCAUGGCCAAAUAUAACUCCACCAAAACAAUCACAUCUUUCUCUAUUCUUGUUCUUGUUCUUGUUCUUGAUUCUUCUUGUUGUUCUUGUUUUUAAGGAUUUGAAAGAUGAAGUUCAUGAAACUGGGGACAAGGCCAGACACUUUCUUCACAACUGAAGCCAUAAGGUCUGUGUCUUCUGAAGUCACUACAGACCUCAAAAUUCAGGUCCAAAACAGUCUCUAUUUGCUACACAAGUUCCCGCUGCUCUCCAAAUGCCAACUCUUGCAGAAACUGGUUGCGGAAACAAAGAAUUCAUCAUCUGAUAUAGUGCUUCAUCUUCCAGACAUUCCUGGUGGCGCAGAAGCCUUUGAGCAAUGUGCAAAGUUCUGCUACUCAAUCACCAUAACUUUGAGUGCACUAAACAUUGUGUCUGUCCGUUGUGCUGCUGAGUAUCUUGGCAUGACCGAAGAGGUUGACAGAGGCAAUCUCGUUUCGAAACUCGAUGUGUUUCUCAAAUCCUGCAUUUUACAUCGCUGGAAAGACACACUGGUGGUACUGCAAAGCACUAAACAGUAUCCUGAGCUAUCAGAGAAACUGAGAAUCACAAGCCAAUGCAUUGAAGCCAUUGCCUCAAUGAUCAUUAACAAGAGGCCAACAGGCAAAGGGUGGUGGGCAGAGGACAUUGCUCAAUUGGGAAUAGACCUUUAUUGGAGGAUCAUGGUGGCUGUCAAGUCUUCAGGGAGUGUUCCAGAUAAAGUUAUAGGUGGAGCAUUGAAGGUUUAUGCUUGUAAAUGGUUGCCCACUGUGCAAAGGAAGCAAGUGCCAGAGAUUAAUUCUUCAUGCAUGGGAUCAUUCCAAGAGAUCACUUCAAAACACAGGUUGAUUCUGGAGAGAAUUGUGAGCUUGCUUCCAAUGGACAAAGGGUCUGUUUCUUGUAGUUUUCUGCUGAAACUUCUCAAGUCCGGGAACAUACUCAAUUCUUCAUCAUCUUCAAAGAUGGAGUUGGUGAGGAAAGUUGGCAUGCAGCUUGAUGAGGCAACUGUUACUGAUCUUUUAAUCCCUUCUCUUUCUUAUAAUGAUGAGACUUUAUAUGAUGUGGACUUAGUUAUUAGUAUUUUGGAGGAGUUUAUGCUUCAAGGACAGAGUCCUAGGACUAGUCCUACAAGAGGGAAGUUUGGGGGGAUUGAGAGGAGAAGGAGAUCAAGGUCAGCAGAGGACAUUGAUUUUGAAGGUGUUCAAGAAAAUAGCAGAAGAUCAUCUUCUGCUUCUCAUGGGUCUAAAUUGAGAGUGGCCAAGCUCAUUGAUGGUUAUCUUCAAGAGAUAGCGAAAGACGCUAAUCUUCCAAUGGAGAAGGUCAUUGCUCUUGCCGAGGCUGUGCCAGACUUUGCAAGGCAGGAUCAUGAUGAUCUCUACCGUGUCAUCGAUACUUAUCUCCGGGCGCACCAGGACUUGGACAAAAGUGAAAGAAAACGAUUGUGUCGAAUACUGAAUUGUAAGAAACUCUCCGUCGAAGCUUGUAUGCACGCCGCGCAGAACGAGUUGUUGCCAUUGAGAAUGGUGGUACAAGUUUUGUUUUUCGAGCAAACACGCGCGGCUAUGAAUGGAGGCGAGGUAACUGAGCUUCCUCAGAGUCUCAAGGCUUUGUUAGCGAAAACAAACUAUGUAGAUCAAGGUAAUAAGAGAACAAAUAAAAUGCCAAACAUUAGCAAUGCUGAAUCUUUUGAUGAUGAUUGGAGCAUGCCAGGGUUCAAAACCCCGAGAUCGAAACUUGCUACGUUGAAAAUGAAACUAGCUGAAGCAGACAAUGAUGUGGAGGAAGAUGUUAUGCAGUGCGACAGUUUAGGGAGGAGUGGUUCUUCCCGGUUCAAAUCUAUUUGCUCGAUUCCUUCCAAACCUAAACGGAUCCUUAGUAAAUUAUGGGCUAUGAAUCGAAGUGUGAUACUUGAUUUAUGGUGUCAAUGUUGAUAGAGAUGAAAAA